AUGCAAUGUCCGGUAGCAGUCGAACAGUAUGGGUAUACUUGGUACCAUAGUCACUUCGCUACGCAGGCCUGGAAUGGCGUAUUUGGUGGAAUUUUGAUCAACGGACCAUGCUCAGCGCUAUAUGAUGAAGAUAAAGGUGUUCUGUUUCUCAACGAUUGGUUCCAUAACACAACUGGCGCCUUACGGGGUACUGCCUCAGCCGGCUCACCGCCAGUAGCACAAAAUAGUCUCAUAAACAGGACUAACGUCCACAGUGACAGCGGUCAACGAUUCGAAACUACAUUCGUCGCUGGUAAACGUCACCAAAUUAGACUUAUCAAUGGUGCCAUCGACACUCAUUACAAAUUCAUGAUUGAAAAUAAUAGGAUGAAAGUUAUUGCAGUAGAUUUAGUCCCAAUCAAGCCUUAUACGACUGAUCUCCUAAGUGUUGGUAUUGGGUAA